ACUUCUCCUUUGGCAUUCUGAAAAGAAAAUAUCAACCAGUCACGUCCCGGCGGUGCCGCCUCCGCAACAUGGCCUCUAACACAGAAUCCAUGUCGCGGCUCCUCAAACUCGCCCACAAAUUCAACUGCUUUUACCUGACAGGAUUGCAAAAGGGCGACUGUCGGCCGUUCGUUGUUGAAGGGCAGCAAGUCGGUCUGGUGCGGCCUGACGUGGCGGCCCAGUUGGCGCGCUUCCCAGAGGUCUUCCUUGUGCACUCGGACGUCGUCGAACUCAAUCCGGCGUUUCGAGACUACCAGGAGCGCAGCGCCAGGGUCGACGCCGUCCUGCGCAGGUUCAGGAAGGACGGCGCCUUCGUCGCCCUAAAAGGCUGGCGAGAGGAGUGUUACGAAGUUCGAGCUGCGUUUUCCAAGAGCCCCCUUCUCAAGAUGGACAGAUCGGCCACAUGUUUAUUUGGCAUCCGGCAGUACGGGGUGGACAUCAACGGCUACAUCCGGUGUCCGGAGAGGGGCGUGUGCGUGUGGCUGCAGAAGCGGGCGGCCUCGAAGCAAACGUGGCCCGGCAAGUUGGACAACAUGGUCGGCGGUGGUCUCUCUGUAGGUUUUGGAAUUCUGGAAACGGCCCUGAAGGAGGCGGCGGAAGAAGCGUCCAUCCCGAGGAGCAUCCUGGACCAACGACUCACUCCGGCCGGUUCUGUUUCGUUCUUCUUCGAAAGUGAGAGGGGACUUUUCCCGAACACCGAAUUUGUCUACGACCUGGAACUGCCCCUUGACUUUGUGCCCAUCAACAGUGAUGGCGAGGUGGAGAGCUUUGAACUUCUGCCUGCUUCGGACGCGCUAGACAAAAUCUUCUCACCAGACUUCAAAACGACAAGCUGCCCGGUGGUGCUCGACUUCCUCAUCAGGCACGGCUUUGUCUCUCCAGACUCUGAGCCCGAGUUUCCAAAGCUGAUGGAACUGCUGCACGUGCCCCUUCAAAGUCUCUACAACCGGACGCAGACGAAACGUCUAGAAAAUGAUUGGCCGCCUUACAAAAGUUCGAUUGAAUCCACGACGCCCCGCCACACUACUCACACGUACCAUUGAGAAGCAGCCCAAGUACUUGAUAAAAACCGUAAGAAUGUGCGAAAAUGUCUGCGAAAAAAUUUUCAACUUAAGCGAUAAUAUAACUUAUACACUGUAACAUCUUUGUCUGUAACCAGAUGUGUUAAAUUAAACGGAGAUGUUAUAUUAUUUUCAAUUUUCGUUUGUUGCCUAGCAAAGUUUGUAUUUUAGUAUAUUAUUAUUAUUAUUAUUACGAUGUUCUUUUAAGAGUAAAAAAAUUAUAUAUAUACGAGAAAUAAAAAUUCGUUUUGACGCAUAUACGACU